AAGUGCUGUCAGAUCGCGCAAAAUUACUCAGGACGGGCUUUCUGGUCAUUCUUUAGUUCUGUGACAAAUGUUGUGAUAAAAACUGCACGUUAAAAUGACGGAUAUAUUGUGUAGGUGGCUCAACGAGGAGCUCAGGUUAUCACAACCCGUGGAUUCAAAAGCAUUUGCAAGAGAUUUUGCCAGUGGAUAUUUGAUAGGAGAGGUACUGUAUAAGUAUCAGCUUCAGGAUGACUUUGACCAGUUUUCACAAAACAGAACUGCAGAUUCCAAACUUAACAACUUUACAAGAAUUGAACCAGUCCUCCACUUACUGGGUAUCCCAUUUGACACUAAUGUUGCCCGGGAUAUCAUCACCGAGAAACAUGGGGUGGCCACCCGACUGAUGUACCAGCUCUUCAUUGCUCUUACAAACAAGAAGAAAGCAAAUUUAACAGGAGUUGCCAUGGAAACAAUGAGGCCGUCAGCUCCAGCAAACCUGAACGCUAUUCAGAGUGUGUUGUAUAAGGAGAGACUAAAACACAUAACCCCUCGUCAGACUGACUUGAAUUUGGAUGCUUUAGCAUCUCAUUUCCAUGAGAAACGGAUCCAAAUGGAGGAAACUGCAUUCAAAGAGAGGUUUGAGGAAGAAGAAAGACAUCGGCAAAUGGUGCAAUCCCAUCGCCAACGUCUCCUGGAGAAAGCUAGGGAGGCUAGGAAUAAACAGAGUGAAAUGAUUGCCAGAAUUCAAGCUGCAGCUGUUCAUAUUCCCAAACCCCCUGCACAUAAAUCAUCAAAGUCUAUUGCUGCUAGAAAAGCUGAAAUGAAGAAAAAAGAAGCACAGGAGGCCUUAAUACAGGAAACUUGUGAUUCAAUUGCUCAGUUUGAGAAGAGAAUGAAGAUGAUUUUACCACCGUCUAAAAUGAUGGGUGAUGAUGGCUCUAGUGAAGCCACUGAUUUGGAGGUGUUUUCUGUAAGAGCUGAUGAAGAAGGCCACAUAACAGUCGAUCCUGUGGAGCUGAUUAAGACAAAAUCUAAUGAUGACUACAUUGGGAAAAAGAAAAGGCUUAACGAGGAUGAGUCAGCUCGUAAUGAACGAGAGAAGAGACGAAGGAAGGUGUUGGUGGAUCAGAUGAGGGCUCACCAGGCCCAGGAGGAAGCCAGGAGAGAAGAGAUGUUAGUGAACAGGCUAAUGCGACAGUCACAGCAGGAACGUCGCAUUGCCGUACAGUUACUGCAAGCGCGACGCGAGAAAGACGUGAUACGAGAGAACAGAAUCAUAAGGGAACAACAGUAUGAGCAGAGGAGACUAAGAGACUUUGAGGAAGCUAUGAACAGAGAAAACGAGAUGGCCCGCCUGGCUAAGCUGGAAUAUGAGGAGCAGAUAAGGAAGGACCAGGAGUUACAUGACAAGUUAGCUGCAGAGAGGGCAGAGGCCAAGUACAGGAGACACUACGACAGCUGUCAGGAUGUUCUCCUCAAUAUGGUGGAUUUCGCUUGUAAGGUGGCAGAAUACAGAGAGCUGACAAAUAAACUGGUGCCCCCGAAGCUGAUUCGAGACUGGUCCAGUCUGUUUGUGGCAGGACAUCCCCUGUAUGAAGUGAUACCAGAGGCCGCUCCUGCUGAGAUUACACCAGAACAGGUGCUAGAGGAGGAGAGACAGAAACUGCUCGAUGAGGGAGACUUUGUCGAGUAUAAGAACAUGGUAGGGGAAUGGCAGCCCAAGGAGAACUGUGAGGUGACUGGCCCUCCAAGGGAUAAUCCAAUACUAGGGCAUGUUGUGCAGCGCAUCUUUGACAUGGUUAACCCACCCAGUCCACCCCCUCCAGCCCCCAAGUUCCCCCCAUUUCCAAUCAAGGCAUGUGUACUGGGGAAGCUGUUCAGUGGCAAAACUUCAUGCAUACAGAAGCUAGCUGAAGAGCACAGACUUCAACUGCUCAACUCAGAAUCUCUCAUAGAAGAGGCCAUCCAGGCCUUUAAAGACAGAGAGAUUGAAGUGUUACCACCAGAAGAAGAGAGGCCUGUUGAGGAAGAGUGCAGCCCUGAGGCCUCACAGCAGCCCCCAGCAGAGCCCCCAGUAGAGCCCCCCAGUACCACUGAAACCAAUCAGACAGAGACAGAAAUUACUGCCGGAGAGCCCCAGUUGAAGGAUGAUAAAGCUUCAGAUACUUCCAAGGCCAAAGAAGAGACCCCAAGUGAACCCCAAUCCAGAGCAGAACAGCCAGUUCCGCCCACACCUCAAGAGCCUCCGAAAACUGCUAGCACUUCAAGUCUGCCAGCAUCAGUUAAAACCGGCAGUGAACAAAAGCUGACUGAGGAUGACAAUUCUGAGCCAGAGCUGUCAGCACGUGCUAAACUGGGAGGGAAAGCUGCUAAGUGCUUGAAGCGAGGUCGCCCUGUGGAUGACCCCAUCGUUGUUGAAAUCCUUGUGGAGGCUAUUAGGCAAGUUCCUGAAGGAACGGGAUGGGUGUUGGAUGGCUAUCCAACAAACUACACACAAGCUAAGCUGCUCGAGAAAGCACUGACUGGGUUUGAUUCUACUGCCAAAGAUGGGAGUAAGGGAGGUAAAGGGGGUCCAGGUAAGAGAGCGUCAACGCUGGUACCCGAUCCUCGCCCACCCCCACCUCCUGCAGAACCAACCAGCGGCAUAGAUGUGGUCAUCCUUCUUGAUGUCCCUGAUGACUUAUGCUUGAAGAGAGCCUCAGGGAGAUACCAAUCUCUACUGAAAGAUUACCAUUACCAUCAGGAGUUUAAACCUCCCCCUGAGGGAAGUGCUACAGGUAUGGGAAAACAAGAUAAGGUGAUACCUGUUGAGGAUCCGGCCCAUGACCAGGAACAGGUGCAAUACAGAAUCGCUGGUUUCCUGGACUCAUGGGCAAAGCUGGAAAAGUGGUACAAGAAGUUUGGCAACCUCAGAGUGAUUGAUGCCAGUCAGCCAAUGGAGACAGUGCAGUUGGAGGUGGAAAAGGUGUUUGAGGAAACACUGGCAAAGUUACAAGGACCAAAAGAAGAACCAGAAUCUGUGCCAGUGGCCUCUGAGGAAGCUCCAGCUGAGAAGGUGGAAGAAAAGCCAGCAGAAGUUCCACCAGAACCAGAACCUAAAGAAGAAGUGGUAGAAGAGAAAGUCUCCAAGAAAGGCUCCAGAACAGGCUCAGGAAAGUCCAGGAGCUCUUCAAAGGAGUCAGCAGGUAGAUCUAAAAGUAAAUCUCCCAAGAGGGGAGACUCACCAAAGAAACCUGACAGUGGGAAGAAAUCGCCAAAAAUUAGAGAGUCCUCAUCCAAAACAUCCAAACGAGUGAAGUCUGGUAAGAAGGCGAAGACCCCGGAGCCUGAACCAGAGCCUGAGGUACCAGCGGAACCCCCGGGGCCACCUCCGCCUCAACCGGGCUCUGAGGAGUGGGUCUUUGUGGAUGAGCCGCUGUCUCUGGAAUUGGCGCACAUAUUGGCUAAGCAUUGGGAGGUAGUGGAGAAUACCUACAUCUCCAACGGGAAAUUCAUGUUUCGUAAAGUGAGAGAAGAAAGAGAAAACAUCAUAAGAUAUUUCUUCCAAAUAAGACAGGACUAUCUGGCUUACUUAAGAAGACCUGAUCAUAAGCAGGAGUUUGUCACUCAGUGGCAGAAGGACUACAACAGCAUUCCUGAUGACAUGCGUGAUGACGAGGAGACAAAAGCUGAGCUCCACCAGCGUACAGAUGAUCUGCGUGAGAGACUGUGGAGUAUCUGCGAUGAGCGUAAGGAACAGGCUGAGGAGGAGAGAACAAAUAUCAUGGCUGAUGGGUGGUUAGACGACAGACUGGGAAUACUGAGCAACCACUACAUCACUCUUAUGCAGUGUGAAGUGGACAGAUUCCAGGACACGGUGCGGCUGAUGAGGGAUUAUUACCGUGGCAUGGAAGGGCAUGUGCCUGAUGAAACUAACCCAAAGUUUGCCAGACUGCCCCUUAUAGAGCUGCCUGUGGAGAGGCCUAACUCACCAGACAAAACUCCAGCUACCAGUGAUGGAAUGCCUUCUCCAAUCCCUAACACUGAUGCAGAGCCACCGUCUACUCCCAAAGACAAGGAUAAGUCACCCCAGUCCAAGUCCCCAAGGGCUAAGUCACCUAACAAGGACCGCUCCCGUUCUCCCAAGGGUGGUGGCAAAUCUCGCACCCCCUCAGGCAAGAGGCGUGACAGGAGUAAAGAGAAGAAGGAAGAGAAAGAAGGAGGGGUAGCAGAUACAGGCGCAGACAGUAAGAGACCAAGGAUUCCUCUUAUCCCACGCCGCGCUCUUUCCCCAGACCCUGGAGCUAUGGCUAAAGGGAAGAUGGAUAAGAAGCCUGUCAAGAAGGGAGACGCUGAGAUGUCAGACAGCCCUUCACCCCCUAUUGAUUUGGACGAAAAACUGAUCAGCGAUAGCUACCACAGUGCCGUCAUUGCUGUCACUGAAAUGAUGGCCAAGGAAAAUGCUGCGAGGGAAGCUGAGGCAGAGGCAGAGAAGCAGAAAGAGUUAGAGAAAGCUAGAGAGGCAGAGAAAUCCAAGGCUACAGAUGGGAAGAAAGCCAAGGGAGGGAAGAAAGGAGGGAAGAGUCGCAGUCCAUCACCGAAAAAAGGCAAGAAAGAGGUGGAUGUUCCUACCACACCAGUACCAGAAGCUGCAGAGGAAACAGAAGAUGAGAAAGCUAAGCGUGUGAUGCGUUCCAAAAUGAGGGAGGAGUAUUACUUUGCUAUUCAAGAGGAAGAAGCGGCCACAAAGACCCGUUUGGAGCUGAUCAGAGCUCAUGGAUCAGGUAUAAUACAGGAGCUGAAGGCUGGUGCUGACAAUGCAUACAAAGAUAUGAAUGACUGGUUGGGUGCACGAUUCCUCAAGGAGAUGGAAAGCAUUGACCACAUGUCAGAAGUGAUUCGUCAUGCCAUAGAGACCAAGGAGAAGAUAAAACAAGAGAUCAUUCUACAGCAGGAGGAUUUCCUUGUCAAUGAGGAGAUUAAGGUGUUGCGCUCCCCCUCCCCGGUGCCUCCCCCUCCACCUGUGGAGUUACAGUCAGGUGACAACUUCACAGUCACUCAACUUCUUAACCUCUAUAAACAGUUUAUGCUGAGUGCGCCGUCAGGAGUGAUGUCCAGCAAGUCGUUUGUGGAGGUGUUUGAGAACCUGGUGGCUGUGGCUCAGGGCAUGGAGACUUUACCUGAUGCCUGGAUGAACAUCUCACCAGCUCAGAUUCAGGACAUGUCAACAGCUCUGGCUGGGGAGUCUGAGUACGUGGACUGGAGACGGUUCUUACUGGCCCUGCUCCACCCCAUCCCCCAGCCCUCACAGAGCCAGCUGUUGAACACCCUGACCAACUUCCAGGAGAUGGAGCAGAAGGCAACAGGUUACGUGUCCAGGGAGCAGUAUGAUCAGAUGGAGCUGUGGUUUUCCACCUGUCCCUCAAGUGAUAAGGAAUGUGGAGAGCAGGACCAUCCAGCAUUUAACAGACUGCUACAGCUGAAGAAAAGCCUGUUUGAUCUGUUUGCUGACCACUUUCGACACCCACCAGGACUGGACUACGUAUUUAUGCUUUUGUAUUUUAGUGCUGCUUCAGAUCAGCGUGAGGGUUUUUUCCGUGCUCUCAGUGUGGCCUCAGGAUCCCACAUGCCCCACUCCCUGUCCUUGCCUGCAUCUACUGCUUCUGUGCUGGAUAGCAUUCCGGCAGACCUUCAGAACCUUGAAAAGCUAGAGGACGAGGAAACCAAGGCGAUUCCUGAUGAUCCAACCAUAACCAAGCAGGUGUCAGAAGCUGCUCUGGGAACAGAGGACCCAGCAGUGACAGCCCCAGUUCAAGAGGACAUCCCAGAAACCGCACAGAAUGCAUUAGUGCCACUGGAGGCUCUUUACAGGGUCCUACAUCAUGGUCGCAGUUCUCAGACUGACUCACACAGAUUCAGCACAGAUUCUGAUCCUGAAGAUUCCACAUCCAGGGAGAAAUUACUGAGUGUGUACCAGGAAUUAGGUGAUGACGCUGGAAGCCCAGUACCUUUCAGAGUGCUCGUAGCCCAUCCUCUCAUCCAAGAUGUCAUCGCAGCCUGCCAAGUCUAUAAACUAUUGGAUGUGAAGAGUAUUUUGCAAUCAUCAGUGACAACUGACCAGGUGGACGUAGGCAGCACUAAGACUUCAGACUGAUCACCAUUUCGACACCAGAUCUUCAAAAUCUCUUUAUGUUAAUUAAUAGUUAUGACACAGAAUAAUAGCUGAGUAGGUCAUGCAAAGACCAUCCAGCUAUACAAUUCUUAUUUUGACAUUUUUUGAAUUUUUCUUCAGGUAUUAAACAGUAUUUAUUACAUCCGAUGUAUAAGUUUCCAAGCUCUUCUGUGUUAUUCCCUUGUACAGUAUGCAAUAUCUGUGAUAUCACCUGUUUUAAAAUAAUAUUGUUAUUAUUACCAAUAUUGUUGUUCAGAUAAGUUAAUCAAUCCAGAGUAAGAAUUAAACUGUGAAA